AUGAGUUGGGGGGUGUAUUUGUUGUUGAUUUUUGUUUGUGGUUUGUUUGUGGUGUUUGUUUGGUUAUUAUGGUGUUGGGGGGGGGUGGAGUUGUAUGUUUGGGGGGGGGGGGGGGGUUUGUGUGGGGUGGUUUGUUGUGAUAGGGGAGGGGUGGUGGUAGUGGGUGAGGAGGGGGGGGAUUUUGGGGUGUGGAGGGGUGGUGUGGUGGUGGUGAUGGGGUGGUGGGGUGUGGAUGGUUGUGUGAUUGUGGAGGGUUGUUUGUUGUGGUGUUUUUGGGGUUUGGGUUUGGGGGGGUGGGUUUGUGUUGGUGUUUGUUGGUUGUUGUUGGUGUGUGGUGUGGUGUUGGUGGGUGGGUGGUGUUGUGGGGUUUGGUGUUGUGGGGGGUUUGGGGUUGUGUUGUGUGUUGUGGGUUGUGUUGUGUUGGUGGGGGUUGUGGUUAGGGUGGGUUGUGGGGGGUGGGGGGGGGUUGGUGGUGGGGGUUGUUAUGGUGGGUUUGGGUUUUGGGAGUUUGUGGAUUUGGGUUUAUUGGUUUGGUGUGUAUUGUUGUGGGUUGGGUAUGGUGGGUGGGGGGUUGUUGUUUGUGUUUGUUUUGUUGGAGUGUUUUUGGUGGGGGUUUGGUGUGGUUGUUUUUGUUGGUUUGGUUGGUUGUUUUGUUGGGUGUUGUUGGGGGGGAGUUUGGUGGUAGGUGUUGGGGUUGUAUUUGUGGGGGGUUGGGUUUGGGUGGUUGUAUUUGUUGGGUUUGUUUUUGGUGUGUUUGUUGUGAGUUUGGUAUUAUGUAGGUUUGGGUAUUUUUAUAUGGGUGGUUUUUGUUGGUGGGUUUGGGUGGUUGUGUUUUGUGGGGUGUAUGAGUGGUGGUUUUUUUUGUUUGUGUUGGUGGUGUGUGGUGGUUUGGUGGGGGUAUGUUUUGGUGGGGAGUUGUUGGGGUGGUGGGGUGGGGGUGUGUUUGGUGUUUAUUUUUGGUUUAUGGUGGGGGUAAGGUGUGGGUGUUGGAGUUUGGGGGGUUGGGUGUGA